UUGGAGCCCAGUGAAUAGCGGACGGCGCGCUCACCGGUUCACCGUUUAUACACACAAAAUAAACGCGAAUUUUAUAGUGGUAAUAACUGGCAGUGCCGCACUGCACGAGCAACCGACAACGCUUCCAAUAAGGAGCAGCCCCUGACUUUACCGGGCUUCAAACAAAACAACGCAUACCACUGAUUAUUACACCCCCGGCAUUUCCUUUAAAUUAUUUAAUUUUGUGUAUCUUGGACCAAAUUGUCGUGACAAUCAACGUUGACAGGAUGGAUUCUCCCCCGACAUUAGAUCUUGUUUAUCAAGCGGUUUUGACGUUAUAUCAAAACCCUAACCCCACUGAAAAAGAAAAGGCGAAUCAUUGGCUCAAUCAGCUUCAAAAAUCUGUGUAUGCUUGGAAGAUAGCAGAUGAAAUGUUGUUACAGAAAAGAGAUUUAGAAUCUUGUUAUUUUGCGGCUCAAACAAUGAGAUCCAAAAUUCAACUUUCAUUUCAUGAACUUCCUGCUUCAUCUCAUGUUUCUCUAAGAGAUUCUUUGCUGGAUCACAUAUCACAGAUAAAUAAAAACACGAAUCCCAUUAUAGUAACUCAGUUGUCGUUGGCAUUAGCAGACUUUAUACUGCAGAUGGCAACAUGGCAAGAACCAGUUAUGGAUCUAUUGAAAAAAUUUGGUGAAAAUUCAGAAAGUUUAUGGCCGCUUUUGGAAAUAUUGAUUGUAUUACCUGAAGAAGUUAAUUCUCGAUUUCUCAGGCUAGGAGCAAAUCGUAGACAGCAAAUAAUUCAUAAUUUCCAUUCGAAUGGAGAUGCUAUUAUGCUAUUUUUGACUGAAUGUGUAGUACAAGUUGAAGAUGUGCAAAUAUGUAUCAAAGUUUUAAGGUGUUUUACAAGCUGGGUAAUGAUACAUGCUAUACCUUUAACUUCAGUGUUAUUUGGAAGCAUUUUAAAUAUAGCAUUUGAAGUCUUAAAAAAUAAUUUGUCUGGAUCAUCGUUACAUGAAACUGCUGCUGAUUGCGUAUCUGUUGUUUUACAAAUCUUGGAAGAAGAUACAUCUGUACAAAGAGAUCCAACUACUGGAGAACCUGUAAUGGCUUUACAGCAAUUUCAAUUAGAUAUCUUCAGUCGAAUUUUGGAGUUAGAACAGCCUUAUCAUAUAUCUGUGGCUCAUGAAGAUAUGGAUAAAUCAAUCAAUUAUUGUCGGAUUUUCACGGAAUUGGGUGAAACUUUCUUAGACACAAUAAUAAAUAGCUGUUUAAAUGGGAAACAGCAUUAUGCUAUUAAAAGUUUAGACUUUGCUCUGAUGUGUGUUAGCCAUCAUGACUAUGAAGUUGCACAGAUAACAUUUAAUUUAUGGUAUGGGCUUUCUGAACUUCUAUAUCAAAGGAACAAUGUAGAUUUGACAAAUACUUUUAAGCCACAUGUUGAAAGGCUAAUUACCGCUUUGUGUAGGCAUUGUCAAAUGGAACCAGAUCAUUUAGGAUUGAUUGAUGAAGGUGAUCAGUUUGCAGAUUUUCGAGCUAGAGUGUCUGAAUUAAUCAAAGACACUGUUUUUGUAAUUGGAAGCAGUCACUGUUUUCGUCAGAUGUUUACUCUAUUAACUAGUACUCAUGGACCAAAUCAAAUCGCUCCAUCGUGGGAUAUGACAGAAUCUGCUUUAUUUGUGAUGCAAGCUGUUGCUAAAAAUAUUUUACCCGAUGAAAAUGAUGUUGUUCCAAAAGUUGUUGAAGCAAUAUUGAAUUUGCCUGAAAACACACAUGUGGCUGUACGUUACACAAGCAUAUUGCUGCUUGGCGAGUUGUGUGACUGGAUCAGUAAACACCCUCAGUCCAUGGAACCAAUAUUGAACUUUUUACUGGCUUGUUUAAAUCAAAAAGAUUUGGGAAGUGCAGCUUCAACUGCUUUACAAAGUAUUUGCUCAGCAUGUCCAUCACAGAUGGCUUCUAAUGUGCAAGGUUUAUUACAAAUUGCCUCUCUAUUGGAUACCUUUGAAAUAAGUAAUGAAGCUGCAAAUGGUUUAAUAAAAGGUAUUUCGAAAGUAAUAUCAACUUUGAGAAAUAAUGAAGUUGAUGGUCCAUUAAAAGAACUCUGUUGGUUGCAAGCAAGACCAUUAUGCCAUUUGAUUGAAGAAAAUCUUCCGAUAGUUAGAAAUACAAAAACUGAUCCAAUCUUAUGGUUGGAUAGAUUAGCAACUAUUUUUAGAAAUGUAUCUCCACCAGUUGAAAAUCAAGACACCCAUCCUUGCCAUGGAGGAGUAAAUGAUAUGUGGCCAGUGUUAGUUAAGACUUGUGAAAAAUAUCAAAGUGAUGCUAGAAUUAUGGAAAGAUGUUGUCGUUGUUUGAGAUUUUUGGUAAGGUGUCUGAACACGUAUUGUGCACAUUUACUGGAACCAAUGGUGAAAUUAAUCAUUCAAGUAUAUUCCAAACAUCAACAUAGUUGUUUUUUAUAUGUUGGUUCCAUAUUAGUUGAUAUUUUUGGUGUAGAAUUAGAUUAUACAUCAGGUCUUAUUGGAAUGCUAGAAGCUUUCCUAGGACCAACAUUUGCAAUUCUUCAAGAAACUGAUGGUCUUAAAAAUCAUCCUGAUACUGUAGAUGAUUUGUUCAGAUUGUGCACCAGAUUUUUGCAAACAUGUCCAGUUCCAUUUUUACAUUCAUCUAUGAUAAAUAGUAUAUUAGAUUGUGCAAUACUAUCUGUUAGCUUAGACCAUCGAGAAGCUAAUUCCUCAGUGAUGAAAUUUUUCUGUGAUUUAUUACAUUGUGGACGUAGUCACGAAAAUCGUACAGAUCGUUCCGAUUUUGACAUGAAGAGACAAUUGGUCACGCAAAUCUUGCAAGAAAAAGGACAAAAUCUUGUCAUAACUCUUAUACACUCUGCUGUUUUCACACUAUCAUCAUACAUGUUUCCAGACAUUUCUGAAGUAUUGUUCGAGAUAACUUUACACAAUAAAAACUUGAUGGCUUCCUGGUUGGAACAAGCAAUUACUCAAAUGCCUAAGGAGAAUGCGGGGGGUACCAUCACAGCAACGCAAGAGCAGCUAUUGAAAUUUCAUAGAGCUGUAUUAAAUGCUGACAGCCCAAAGAACGUAGUUGUCGAAUUACGAGAAUAUGCAAGAUUAUACCGUUGAUAAAAUAAACCUAUGCAUUUAGGUUUGCACCAAAAUUUCAAAACUGAAAUUUUAAACUAUUAUAUUUCACAAGUAACAAGGAAAAAUACUCAAAAACCCGCACUGAUUUUGGCUGUGCCAAAAAAAGGGAAAAUGAACUUACAGAUUUCAGUUGUUAAUUUUAUAGAAUAAUGCUAUUUUUCUCAAAUCUGAGAAUGCUAUAGUAGACAAAUUUUUUUUGAACUUCGGAUACAGAAUUUGAUUUUUAUGGAAAAUAGUUUCAACAAAUUAAUUGUAUUUUCGUAUUUUGAAAAUGACUCUGCAAUAAGACUUAGUUUAAUGAAUAAGAAAAAAAUGACGUGUAUAAAUGAAAACGCAAGUAUUGUGAAAUUUACGUGUCUUAUUAUGAAUUGUAAAAAAUGCAAACAAUGAAGGUUGUUUGUUCGUGUACAUUCAAUUCUGUGAUGCCCGGGAGUAGGUAAGUUAGGUUUAAAGUCGGUGUUUAAAUGAACAUAUCUUUUUUAUGAACUUUUUAGAUAAAACGAUGUCAAAUAAUUUUUUAUACGCAUUCAUGUUAAUUGUAAAUGGGACGACUUUUUUGAAGCCGUUAUCGAGUCAUAUUUCGUCUGAAACUUAGAAUAUUUUUGUAAAUAUUAAUUGUAUUUACCUUUUUUGUUAAUACACGAUGGUAAUUUAUAAAUAAAUGUUCAACAAGUUGAUCAAGUGACAAUUUAA